AUGGAAAGAGCCUUCCCUCUUCUCUCCUUCUCACACUCACACACCCAGCCUGAGAUGGCGGCGGUGUCCGGGGACUCGGAUUCCUGGGACUCCAACACAUUUUCGUUGGAGGAGCCGGUGCGGAAGGCGGGGGGGGCGGCCGGUGGGGACCACUGGGAGGGCAAGAAUGAGGAUGACGACGUCAAGGAAAACUGGGAUGAUGAUGAUGAAGAAAAAAAAAAAAAAGAGGAGACAGAGGUAAAACCAGAAACGAAAGUUUCAGAAAAGAAGAAGAUAGCAGAGAAAAUCAAAGAGAAAGAACGGCAACAGAAAAAAAGACAAAAAGAAAUUAAGAAAAGGUUGGAAGAGCCUGAAGAAUCUAAAGAGAUCACACUAGAAGAACAAUUAGCAGAUAAAGUACGGCUAAAUAAAUUACAGGAAGAGGCAGACCUUGAAUUAGCAAAAGAAACCUUUGGUGUUAAUAACACAAUCUGUGGUAUAGAUGCCAUGAACCCCUCUUCAAGAGAUGACUUCACAGAGUUUGGCAAGUUACUAAAAGAUAAAAUCACACAGUAUGAAAAAUCUCUAUAUUAUGCCAGUUUCUUGGAAGCAUUAGUUCGAUAUGUGUGUAUUUCAUUGGAAAUUGAUGACUUGAAAAAUAUUACCAAUUCCUUGACAGUGCUAUGCAGUGAAAAACAGAAACAAGAAAAGCAAAGCAAAGCCAAAAAGAAGAAAAGUGUGGUUCCUGGAGGGGGAUUAAAGGCUACAAUGAAAGAUGAUCUUGCAGACUAUGGUGGGUAUGAUGGAGGAUAUGUGCAAGACUCUGAAGACUUCAUGUGACAUUUCAUCUUCUCCCCAAUGUCUUCUGUUGCCCACAGUCCCUUCAACAUGUAGCACAACUUCCUUUCCUUUAAGUUCUGCCAAAUGCUACAAUCAAAAGUGCAGUAUCUUUGUGCUGGUUACUUAACCCCUUGAUACUUAGGUGCUAAUGCAAUGGGGAACUUGGUUCUUGUUGCCAAGGGGUUAA